AUGUUCCCACCUUCCUGCCGGUGUGCCUAUCUGCUAGACAGAGGCGCGGAGACGCCAGGAGCCGAGUCCUGCACAAUAUGGAAUCAGAUGGAGACCAUCGCGACAAUUUCCGAGGUUCUCGAAGCGAGCAGGAAGAAGUACGAGGCCUCUCAGGUUAAGGAAGCCUUCAGCGAGUAUCUGGCCACGGAGGACAUCGUCGGCAAGACCACGGUGGAGCAGCUGUGUAGAACGAUCGUUCCACUCCUGCUGGACUUGGAGAGGGUUGACACCAUGGUCGUUGCGAACCUGAAGACAGAGGUCCUGAAAACACUGAAGAUCGUGCAGGUGUGCAUCCUGCGCAUAGUCACCUUCGAAAUGCUGCGAGAAGCUUCAGCAAAGGCCGAUGCUGUGCAGAAGAAGGGUCCCAAGGGCAAGAAGGUCCAACCUGAAGUGCCUCCAGAGGGUGCCGCGUACCUCGCGAGUGACAUCACCUCCCUGGCCAAGGUCAUUCAGCACUUUCGCUUUGACCAAAAUUUUUCCAAAGGAGUGCAUGAGCUCAUCGUCGCUUUCCGGAAGCAAAAGGCGGACAAGCCCCGACAAGAGAAAGGCGCCACCAAGGCCCCGCCGCCCAAAAAGCGGCGCGUGGAGGCCGAAGCGACCGACAAGGCCGAGGCGCCGGAGAAAGUGCAGGCGACGGAGAAAGUGCAGGCGACGGAGAAGCUGCAAGCGCCGGAGAAGGCGCCAGCAGAAGCGAAGGCGCCAGCGGAAGAGAAGGUGCCGGCGCCAGAGAAGGACACGGUCCCGGACAAGGCGCAAGCGCCAGAGAACGCGCAGGCAGCAGAUAAGGACCAGGCGCCGGAGAAAGCCGAGCUGCCGGAGAAUAUGGCGCGAGAAGGAGGACGGCAGUGUCUUGCGAGUGUGUCUGUGUCUUGCACGCCGUCAUUCUUUGAGAAUAGCGAGUCGGACAUGUCAACGGAUCAGCGCAGGGUGACGAAGAAACUGAGGAUCUGCUGGGCCGUAACAGCAUCAAGAGUGGGUCUGGGCAGAUACUGCGAAGGGGAGGCAUUCGGGGCGGAGCGCAUAGGAGAGCCGCCACCUGCUGCGGAGGAGGAGAAUGCUGACCAGGCUCGGAGUUUAUGGGUACGGGUCGUGUUCCGAGACGAAGUUGCAUCGUUUGCCUUGGACUUGCAAGUGCUGCUUUGGCUAAAGGUGCUCAUUCCGUAG